AUGAGUACUCCUGCAAAUCUAUACCCUGGGUUAAAUGAUAUCGCCGACGUAUUAGAAGAAUAUCCAAUAGAAACAUCCCGUUAUUUAACUUUAUUACAUGAAAUAGAUGCGAAAUGUAUAUACUCAAGACCAGAUUUAAACAAUAAGAUUGAUUCCUUCUUGAAGGACUCUUUUGACAAAAGUGCCUUACCAGUAGAAGAAUUUAAAUCGAAAAAACUUGGGUCGUUGACUCAAAUUAACAAUUUAUUUGAAGAGUUGAUGCCAUCAUUAGAAGAGAAAAUGCAUGUUUCUUCGAUAAUGCUUGAGUCAUUACAAGCGUUAAAUAGUAGAUUAGAGCUUGCAUAUGAGGUAGCUUUACGGAAUCAAGAAAUCCCAACAAGGUUACGUUUAGGGAACGAUAAUCAUCCAGCCAUGCAUCUACAUCAUGAGUUAAUGGACAAAAUUGAGAACAAGAGCGCUACAAAAUCAUCACAAGCUUUAAAGAGUGAAUCGAGAAGAGAAGCUAUGGCAGCACAAAAAAAACAAACCCAGAAACCGGUCCCACAGUCACAAAAUCAGCAAUCAGCUAUUGCUGAAGAUGAUAAACCUCCUAUGAAAAUCAAAAGAGUUGCCAACGGAUCUGUGAAUGAGCCAAAAAGGAGAAAGAGAAGGGUUAAUACUGAAGUUAUCGCUAAGAAACAAGAAGCAAAACCAAUAUCAGCUCCUAUAGAGCCAGUAGUUAAAUCUAUAUAUGUUGAUAGACCAAAAACAAAUGACUAUGGUGAACCUUUAUAUUGUUACUGUAAUCAAGUAGCGUACGGUGAAAUGGUUGGGUGCGACGGUGAUAGUUGUGAAUUAGAAUGGUUCCAUUUACCAUGCAUCGGUUUAGAGACACUUCCUAAGGGUAAAUGGUAUUGUAAAGAUUGUCAAAACAAAAUGAAAUUGAAACAGUAG